AGCUAAAUCAAUGGUUUUUCAAUUUUAGGGUUUCUAAAGGUGAAAAUGACUCUAUGUCCACGCACUUUCUGUGCUAGUUCGCCAUGGCAGCCUCUCUUCGCGAGCGACACUCGCCCAGUAAUCCUUUUCGAUGGUGUUUGCAACCUCUGCAAUGGCGGCGUGAAUUUCGUUCUUGACAGGGACCCUCGCGCUCGCCUGCGAUUCGCGGCACUCCAGAGCAACGCAGGGAGGGCUCUGCUCGAGAGAUCUGGACGCUCUCGCGAUGAUAUCUCAAGCAUCGUCCUCGUUGAGAAACAGAGAUCUUACAUCAAGUCGGAAGCAGUGUUGAGAAUCGCCCACUACCUAGACGAGCCAUAUCCAUCACUCGCAACUCUUGCAUUGCUCUUCCCACUCUUUCUCCGAGACCCAACUUACGAUUUGAUCGCCAACAAUCGAUACUCACUCUUUGGACAGACAAAUCACUGCCGAACUUCGGAUGAACAGUUCAAAGAACGCUUCUUAAGCUAAGCCAUUUUAAUCUCUUUGAAGAAUAGAAGAGCUUCUAGACAAAGAAGAACGAACACCUCUCUAUGUACAGAACAAAUCAUUCACUCCAAUAGGUAUAGAAUCUAAAAGGACUUCUUCUUCUUCU